AGUAAAGGUUGUGAGGGCCUGAAGACAGAGAAACAGAAAGACCAAGGCUGAGAAAAAGCAGCCAGAGAGAUAACAAACAGAUCUGCAAGAGAUGCUGGCCCUUUACAAACACGGAGCUGUAAGCAGGGAGAAAGCAAGGGACACAGAGACUGAGAAAUAACAGUUACUAAUCCUUACCUAGUGGUUCCUGUGCACACUUCUAAAUGCCUCCUUUAAAUCUCCCUGUGAGGCAAAGGGAUUUUAUUAUACAUUUUCACAGAUGAGCAAACUGAUGCCCAGAGAGGUGAGGUGACUUGUCCAAGACCACACAGCCAAAAGUGGACGGAGCUGAAAUCAGAAUGCAGUCUGGUCCAAACACAGCUCCUCUCAAUCUCACAAGUCAGAAACACAGAGGAAAGCACAGAGAUACAGACUCUGAGAAAUGGGGAGAAAGACAAGAAUCAGAAAUGAUCAAAUAUGGAGAGGAAGGGCAAAGAAUGGAGGAAGCAAGGAACUGGAAGACCUGACAAAUGGAAACUCCCCAUUUGUCACCCCUCUCAUUAGAUGUUGCUUUGCCUUGCAAUUCUUCCCUUUGGGGUGGGGACAGCAUUCCCGGGCUUGGGGCCUCCCAACCUGGGACUGGACUUGACACUCCAACAUUCUGCUGACAGUAGCUUUCCUCAAUGAGCAGCAUCCCAAGAGUCAUUGAGCCUGAGUCAGGCAGAGUGUGAUGGCCCCCCAGCCAUGGGUGGAGGUGGCCUGGGAGGCCCUACCCUGGAUGGGGUCUCCCCAGGGCCAACCAGAAGCUGGGACAUGCUCUGCUGAGCAUGGGGCCGGCCAGGGUGAGGCUUAUAGGCGGUCCUACCAUGCAGCGUCAGCUCCUUAAUCCCCACGCUGUUACCACCACAGGCCAACCACAGAGUCUGCCCCAGGGCCCAGCCAGGGACACAGAGGCAGAGGGAGAGAAGGAGAAACUCAGAGGUCCUGAGAAAGAUGGAGAGACAUCAAAGAAAAACACAUGGAAAUCCUGAAAAAGAGACAGAUGGUAAUGGAGAGAGACAGAGUGAGCCAUACAGAGAAGAUAGAGAUAUGGAGAAAUAGGGAGAGUCAAGGACGUCCAGAGAGAAGGAAGACAGGGAGAUUCUAAAACAGAGAUUAAAAAGUAAGAGAGGAACAGAGAUGAAGAGAGAUCUGAGAGAAAAAGAAAAAGUGAACUAGACACAGCUUCAAGAGAUGAGACACACAGAAAGGAGGAGAGGCAGUCACAGGAUCCAGCAAAAGAUGGAGACUGAGAGAGUCUCAGCUAGAGAGAGACAGAAAGACAUAUCACAAUAUAGAGAGUCAUGUGUGCAUUCAUUCAACAAACAUUUAUCUAGUACCUAGUGUGCUGAGCACUGUUUUAGGCACUGGGGGUACGGAAGUGAACAAGAUAAAAUGCCUGCCUUGAAAAGACAGGGCCUGGCCCAGCAGGGUGGGGUGGCGGCCACAUGCUCACUGCUGAGUUAGUGCCCAAGAGCCAGGGCCCCACCCACAAGCCCUGCCACCCCAGGUUCCUGCACAAAGAAGGGCUGACAGGUAGGGAGACCCACGAUCAGACAUACAGAGACAGCGGUCGGCAGGCAGGCAAGGAAGCAUAGACAGAGACUAAGGUCAAGCUGGGAGAAGUAGAAAAAGACAGACAUCCUGAAAAGAGAAAGAAAAUGGACAUGAACCAAAGCAGAUGUGGAGAGUAAACAGGGAUAGACAGAAAGAGAGAGAGAGAUGAGCAGAAUCAGAGAAACACAGGCAAAGACUGAAAGAGACACUGAGAUGAAGCAAAGAUAGACAGACACAAGAGACAUGCCCAGAGACAAACCCAGUCCUACACUCUUCAUGCCGCCCCCCCAUCCCCACCCCCCAGCCUCUGAAAGUCCAGUCCUGGGCUAGGCACCUGGUGGAAGGCUGGAUCCAAACGCCAGGGGCAGUGGGAAGGUGGGUCACAUUUCUGAAGUUGGCUCCAAGCACUGACUCAGCCACAUCCUCUACCAGCCUGCACCCCCAGGGGCUGCCGGAGUGAAAUUAAGUUUGUCUGCCAUCAUGGCCUGGCCUCGGCUGGAGGGCCCAGUGAGGAGCCUGGGGGACUGGAGACCAGGUGUUGAGAAGUAUGUGCACAGGACAUUUGGAGGCAUCUGGGAGCCAGAGCAUUGGGAAUAGAGAUGGCAGAGUUCAGGGCAGGGCACAAGUAUGAAGGAGAUACAAGGGGUCAACAUGUAGAAGGCACCCAAGAGUUAUAAGGCUAGACACAGGAAUGCCAGCUGAUGGGCAACAGGAGGCAAGGGAACUCAAGUGAGCAUCCAGGAGACAGGUACAGCAUACAAGGCUCCAAGAGCAAUGGGCAUGGAGAUGACAAGGGCUCAGAUACAAGCCCCUAGGUAUCACAGGCACAGGGCACAGGAGUGCCAGGCUAAUGGGCAUGUCAGCAGGGGUGUUUUUAGAAGCAUAUUUAGAAGUCGGGAGUUCAUUUAGGAAUCAGAAGUACAGGAUACAGUGUUUUGGGGUCUUGGGCACAGACAGAGGUGGCCCGGGGAAUUGAGGGAUGCACAUCUACAGGCCAAAUAGGAUGGAUCCAAAGGUGCUAGGGAUCCAGGAAGGGUGCACCUGUGGGCCGGGUGUAUCGACCUGGAAGUGAUGGUGCACGGAGGUUGCCAAAUGGGACAGUCUGAGGCGGGCACAAAAGAGAUCAGGCAGAGCCAGGCACAACCGGGAAUGGGCUGAGAGGCGGGGUGGAGACCUUGGAUUGGGGAAUCUAAGGAAGGUGCAGCCUACAGACUCCCAUCCCGCCCACUCUGUUCUCUGCCUCUGCCUGCCUCUACUCCACCCAAGACCCCAAGGAGAUAAAAUAGAACUGAAGGGCACGGGCCUGGAAGAUGGGCAGCAUGGCGAUCCCGGGCCUCACAGCUCUGCUGUGGCUAUUCGUUCUGCUGGCGCUAGCCAGGUGGAGGUGGGGCACCAGGCAAACUCAGAGGAAGGGGGCCUUACCCCCGGGGCCCACGCCACUCCCGCUGCUGGGGAACCUGCUGCAGCUGGUGCCCCGACGCCUGGAUCGCACACUCAUGGAGGAGCGGGUCAGGAUCCCCGACCCGGACCCGCUGAGCACCGGCUCCGCGCAGCUGUCUGCCCGCUGGGGCCCGGUGUUCACAGUGCGGCUGGGCCCGCGCCCUGCAGUGGUGCUGUGUGGUUACGCCGCACUGCGGGACGCGUUAGUGCGGCAAGCGGACGCCUUCUCCGGCCGCGGGGCCAUGGCAGUCUUCGAACCCUUCACGCGCGGAAACGGUAUCGUUUUUUCCAACGGGCAGCGCUGGCGGACGCUGCGCAAUUUUACACUUGGGGCGCUUAAGGAGUUCGGGUUGGGGUCGCGGACCAUCGAGGAGCGCAUCCUAGAGGAGGCGGCUUGUCUGCUUGGCGAAUUGCAAGCCACUGUUGGAGCCCCGUUCGACCCCCAGCAACUACUACAUAAUGCUGUAUCUAAUGUUAUCUGUUCUGUGGUCUUUGGGAACCGCUAUGGCUAUGACGACCCGGAGUUCCUGAGGCUCCUAGACCUCUUCAGUGAUAACUUCCGCAUCAUGAGUUCCAGGUGGGGCGAGAUGUACAACAUUUUCCCCUCCCUCCUGAACUGGAUCCCUGGCCCACAUCAUCGAAUCUUCCAAAACUUUGAGGAGCUUCGUAUCUUCAUUUCUGAGCAAAUCCAGAGGCACCGGCAGACUCGGCAACCUGGGGAGCCCCGUGAUUUCAUCGACUGCUUCCUGGAUCAGAUGGAUAAGGAACAGAAGAAUCCAGAGAGCCAUUUCCAGGAGGAGACAUUGGUGAUGACUACACAUAACCUUUUCUUCGGUGGCACCGAGACCACCAGCAUCACCCUGCGCUCUGGGCUCCUCAUUCUGCUUAAGUACCCAGAGGUCACAGCCAAGAUGCAGGCUGAGCUGGACGCUGUGGUAGGUCGGAUGCGCACUCCAAGCCUGGCGGACCGUGAGCACCUGCCCUACACCAACGCUGUGCUGCAUGAGCUCCAGCGCUUCACCAGCGUGCUACCACUAGGGCUGCCUCGUGCCCUCACCCACAACACCCACCUGCAUGGCCACUUUCUCCCCAAGGGUACCUUCGUGAUUCCUCUGCUUGUGUCUGCACACCGGGACCCCAGCCAAUUCAAGGACCCAGAUUGCUUCAACCCCACCAACUUCCUGGAUGACAAGGGCAAGUUCCAGAGCAAUGAUGCCUUCAUGCCCUUUGCCCUAGGAAAGCGGAUGUGCCUGGGUGCAGGCCUAGCACGAUCAGAGAUCUUCCUCUUCUUCACAACCAUCCUCCAACGGUUCUGUCUGCUCCCUGUGGGGAGCCCUGCCAACAUUGACCUCACCCCACAAUGCACUGGCCUGGGCAACGUGCCCCCAGCCUUCCAGCUCCGCCUGGUGGCCCGCUGAGGUCAGGCUCACCUACCCUCUGCUCACUGGCUCUCAAACCUCCCUACCCUUUUGGUCAUUAAAGGCCCUGAAUUGCAGAUGAAG